CUGUAGAUUUAUAGGGGGCUGUGGAGAGAAGUGGGCCAGUGGCACAUUGUGAGUUGGCUGAGAGUCCAGAGCGAGCACUCUGUGAAAGAUUAGAGGAGAGACGGAUAUCAGCACAAGUGCAGGGCUUUUCCCUCCCUUAUGUGUAGGAGCCAACAUGGUUUCCUUGAGUGGUCUGAGUCGGCUAAUUAUUCCCAUGAUCGUCCUGUCGCACUUCUCAGCAUCUCUUCCAUCCCAAGAGAGGACUGAGAGACACGCUGACGGGCUUUUCCACAGUGAGCUCAGCAAGAUGAAUGACAACGCUUAUGUGCAGCAGCUAGUGAAACACCUGGUGGGCCUCAAGGAGAGAACUCAGAGGCACUCAGAUGGAUUGUUCACCAGUGAAUACAGCAAGAUGAGAGGAAAUGCUCAGGUUCAGAAAUUUAUCCAGAAUCUCAUGGGCCGCAAGCGCAGCAGCGAUCCAGGCCUGGUCAAAACAGAAAUGCAGGAGAAGGAGAAAGAAAACAGCAAUGAGGACCUUUGCUAUAUGUGGCUGUACCAGAGCUUUCUGAACAGCAGUCACUCAGACAGUGAUGCCAAGGAAGCUGCUGCAGUUACCAGCCAGUACAUUUGCCCCCUCUGCAGCUGGUGACAGAUGUGAAGGAAGAGAGAUGUUUUUGACUGAAGGUGAAAGGAAAAUCAAUGUUCUGUCAGAAACAACCAAGGAGAUGAUUUUGCAUGUAAACAACUUUGAAAAUAAAGCGAAAAGUUAUUGGAUUUUGCUUUGGAAAAACUCUUGAGAUCAGCAAAUAAAAUAAAAU